AUGGUGGGGACAGCAAGUGGCCAGGAAGCUGGAGGGGGCAGCGGCUGUGGCGCCAGGGUGUUCAGCCCUCUUUCACUGACCCCGGUCCCCCUCUACCAGCUGCUGGACACCAAGUCCACUGACAGAAAGAUGACACUGCUACAUUUCAUCGCCCUGACGGUAAAGGAGAAAUACCCAGACCUGGCUAACUUCUGGCAUGAGCUGCACUUUGUGGAGAAAGCUGCAGCAGUGUCCCUGGAGAACGUGCUGCUAGACGUGAAGGAGCUGGGUCGGGGCAUGGAGCUGAUUCGGCGGGAGUGCAGCAUACAUGACAACGGUGUCCUGCGCAACUUCCUUAGCACCAACGAAGGCAAACUGGACAAGCUCCAGCGCGAUGCCAAGACAGCCGAGGAGGCCUACAAUGCUGUUGUGCGCUACUUCGGUGAGAGUCCCAAGACCACGCCUCCUUCUGUAUUCUUCCCAGUAUUUGUCCGAUUCAUUCGUUCUUACAAGGAAGCAGAACAAGAGAACGAAGCCCGCAAGAAGCAGGAGGAGGUAAUGCGGGAGAAGCAGCUGGCUCAGGAAGCCAAGAAACUGGAUGCCAAGACCCCAUCCCAGCGGAACAAGUGGCAACAGCAAGAGCUAAUUGCAGAGUUGAGGCGGCGCCAGGCCAAGGAGCACCGGCCUGUUUACGAGGGGAAGGAUGGUACCAUUGAGGACAUCAUCACAGUGCUGAAGAGUGUCCCUUUCACGGCCCGUACUGCCAAGCGGGGCUCACGCUUCUUCUGCGAUGCAGCCCAUCAUGAUGAGUCAAACUGUUAACCCCCAAGGCUGGGGCCCUUGACAGGCCUCUACCACCAGCCCCUUGUCGUUCGCCACCAAGCCAGGAGUGCCGCACCGCCCGCUGGCCCCCCUCGGGCUCCAGGCCCCCACUGAGACCUUCUUGGAGGCAGAAGCACUUCAACCCCGAGUCCUUCAAGUCCAACCAGUGGACCUGAAGCCCUGGAAUUGGCCAAGGGCCCAGCAGAGGGCUAUGCUGCUCUCAACCCUGUGUCUACCCUAGCUCUCAAAGCUGCAUCUUGCCUGCCGCCACUGUGGGCACUAGGUCUUUCAGGGCCUGGCACUUCCCUGGUGCCUCCAGUACUGCACUUUGCUCCCAAGGUCUUCAACAUCAUUUCCUCAAGGGUCAGCUCAGGGCUGGAGAAAACCAUUUCCAGCUUUAGGCUAUGUACGGGCACCUAGGCCCACCAUCACUAGAGCCAGAGGGACUAGAGGAGAAAGCAAUUUUUCCUUCUUUUUUCCCCUUUACUUUUUGCAACCUGAUGGUCAGCUGCGAUCUAGAAGUGUCCAAGCUUUUAGGGAGCCCUGGGGCGGGGCCCCGCCAGUCUCAGAUCGUCUUUUACCAGGAGCAAGGCUCUCCUAAGCCUGGGCCCUGUGCCCUAGUGAUAAGGGGAGAGGAGAGACGCCACACUCCCUGCCCUUGGCCCUUCGCGUUCUAGGCUGACUAUCCUUGCCGCGGUGGGCAGAGGACUAGUUUUCUCUGCCUAGAGAAAGGGUGUGCCAAGAACGUCCUAACCUCCUUCCCCCAGCUAGGUUUUGUGGGCAGGGGCGGGGUCAUGUCGGUCUUAGCUAUUUUCUCCGUCCCCUGCCGGUUUCUUCUCGGCCCCUGGGAGGGAAUACAGGGGCCCACUCCUUUUUGUACAUGUUCCACUUCCUUCUCUCUUGUACAUAAACUCCAGACUUUCCUUCUCUCAACAAAGGCUUGAAA